CAGCCUUUCAGCCACUGCUCUCUCUGCGCUACUUUUCCUCUUAACCAUAAACUAAAACAGAUUGAAUAAUGUUUGCUUAAAAUAAUAAUAAUAAUAAACAAAAAAUCUGGAGAUUUCUUUUCUAUCCUUGGACAGAUUUCAGGAGGUGAUUUGAGAACCUGAAGACAGAGUGUUACCUGGGCAUUAUGAAAAGGUAUCCAGGCGUCUUUCAUUGCUGGGAGAGGAUGUUUUUGUGAAAAAAAAAACAAACAAACAAAAAAAAAAUUGUUCAUGUUUUUGUGAGUCUUGAUAAAAACUGUAACGCGAUCUGCAACUUUUUGUGCGCUACUUUUAAAACUUUUCAUGACCGAAAUGGAGCGCACCGGAUUAGCUGUUUUAAUGGUUUUAAGUGUUGCGCUCUUGCGGGUUGGCGACGGUCACCAGGAGGCAACAGGUGGGAGGACCGAGGCAAGCCAGGUGGUCCCGGACCAUCAGAUCAGUCAGGGUCACUCUCCCAAAGAAGAUCUGGACCUCUCGAAAACACCUACCGCCAGCCAGUCGACAGCUCUGCCCCGCACGACAAGGGGAGCGUCAGCAUCCAGAGGUGAAACGGUUCACGCUGCUGGCGCAUCCGGGGAAGACCUCGUCUCAUCGUCGCACGACAGAGCGCAGCGCACAGCCAGACACCCGCAAACGAGCAGAGUCAACCGCAGGCAAAGCAGCAAGCCCGGCUCGUCCAGCACCAGACGACUGGCUGGGCCAAAUGUCUGUGGAGGUCAGCAGUGCUGCUCUGGUUGGGCAGUGGCUCCAGGAACCAACCGCUGCAUAAAACCUGACUGCCAGCCCCCCUGUCAGAACCGCGGCUCCUGCAGCCGACAUACUUGUGUGUGCCGCUCAGGCUUUCAGGGGCCCCGCUGUGAGGAGGUGGCCCCUGAGCAGGUGUACAUUCGUGAGCGGGGCACUCUGAGGCGCAUUCAGCCAGGCACCAAACCCUUCCAGAGAGAGCCACCACAGAGAAGACCCUCAGAGAGGAAGGCCGCAGACACCAUCAAGCUCCAGACCCCGCGACCUGUGACCACCAAGCAGCCUGCCCAAUCUGUAACCCAAGCAAGACGAGGACCUGCGUACUCCUCGCCUCAGCAGAGUGGGACCUCCCGUACCGUGAAGCGUUAUCCAUCGUCCUCUGAGCCCAUAACCUCCAAUGCCCUGCCCAAUGGCAACGGCUUUGCAAACGGCCACAACAGUGAGAACAGAAACUGGUACUCCCACAGGAACAGACAAAGCAACACCCCAUCCCUUAAUGGCCAGAGGCCUCCUAGUGAUAGCCAUUUGCAGGGGCAGUUCAACAAUGUGGUGCAUCCAGCAGGGGCUAACCUCACCUCGAACCUUGACCGGAUUAAGAUUGUCUUCACACCUAUGCUCUGCCGAAGGGUGUGCAGCGGCGGGCGCUGCUACAAUAGCUGCGAGAAGGGAGAUGUCACCACUGUAUACAGCGACAACUCGCAGCAGCAGCAGCAGCAACAGCAGCAGCAGCAGCAGCAGCAGCAGCAACAACAGCCAAAGAACCAAGGCUUCAGACUCUUCUUCUGUCAAAUCCCCUGCAUGAACGGAGGCCGAUGCAUUGGCAGGGACCUCUGUUGGUGCCCAUCGAAUUCAACUGGGAAGUUUUGCCACCUACCAGCACCACCACCUCCCAGACCCACUCCUCACAGCCGCAAGGAAGCGACCCACCAGGCAGCGAAAUCACCAUCCCAUUCCACGUACACUUUGCCACUCUCCAAUCAGCAUGUGUCUCUCCACCCAUCGCUGGUGAAUGUCCACAUACAACACCCGGCAGAGGCUGAAGUCCAGGUUCACCAAGUAGCUCGAGUCCAGCCUGGACAGAGACCAGCCACCACAGAUGGAGCUCACUCUGUCCAGCAGCGUUCCCAGCCUGGAAACGGACAUGAACAUACGAGUGAACAUAACGGCAGACUCACACACGGGAACGGCCACUGGAAUGGCCACAGCACAACUUCCAUCCUCCAGAAUGGACACGUUGGCAGAUGCUUUCAGGAAACAGUAGAUGGACAGUGUGACAAACCUCUACCAGGCCUAACCAAACAGGAUGAUUGCUGUGGAAGUGUGGGGGCGUCAUGGGGUUUGAACAAGUGCCAAAAGUGCCCAACCAAACCAGCAUAUGCAGUGAUUGCGAAUGGACAAGUGGAGUGUCCCAAAGGUUUUAAACGAAUGAACAUCACACACUGUCAAGACAUCAAUGAGUGCCUGUUGCCAGGGAUAUGUAAGAACGCUGAAUGUCUCAACACCAAAGGAAGCUACAGGUGCACUUGUAAGCCAGGUUAUAUGUUAGAUGCUGCCAGAAGCCACUGUGUCUCUGACAAGGCAGUGUCUGACCACAGGGCCUCAUGCUACCGGUCAGUGUCAUCAGGAACAUGCUCUCUGCCUCUUGUCAAUCACAUCACCAAGCAGAUAUGCUGCUGCAGCCGUGUGGGCAAAGCCUGGGGAAAUGGAUGUGAUCGAUGUCCUUUGCCAGGUUCAGACCACUUCAAGGAGAUCUGCCCAGCUGGUCAUGGAUAUACAUACUCACGCUCAGAUGUGCAGAUUUCUCUCAGGCAGCUGGAAGAUGAUGAGCUGCAGAGUACAGGAGUGACUCUGGAGGAGCAAGAGCCUGAGUUCCCAUCCUCCCAGCCUUCACGACACAACUACCCUCAAACACCUCUAAUACCCCAAUACCCUGAGACACCACGAGUCCCUCAGUACACUUUGACUUCACAAUAUCCCUCAGAGUCAGGACAAGAAAUGCCUAAACUGCAAGAUGAUCUGGAAAUUCUGAUGCCGCCGCCUGUUGUGACGGACUCGCCACCAAGUUAUCCAGAGAGCUCUCCAGACUCCCCUGAUUUCAACAUAAGGCCAGAUUUAAAGGAAACAAGCCCUGGAGUUUUCGUCAUUGGCAUUAACAAGUGUGCUACUUCACCAAAUAUAUGUGGGCAUGGAAAAUGUGUUCCUGUGCAGAAUGGAUACACUUGCGACUGUGAUCUAGGGUUCAAGCUCAAUGCAUUGCAGAACAGUUGCAUUGAUGUGAACGAGUGUGAAAUGGACCCAUGUGAGGGUAAGGGUCACUGCAUAAACAGCUAUGGCUCCUACACAUGUCAGUGCCACAGUGGCUACAGCCAAGUGAUCACCCAGAACAGGAAAUUCUGUCAAGACAUCAACGAGUGCAGCAUGCCCAACAAGUGCCAGAACGGCCAGUGCAUCAACACUGAGGGAUCUUUCACCUGCGAAUGCAAUGAUGGCUACUCCAAAUCAUGGCGAGGCCUGUGUGAAGACGUAGAUGAGUGCAGAGAUCACAGCUCCUGUCCCAACGGCAUCUGCAUCAACACACUUGGCUCCUUCCAGUGCCAGACCUGUGACCGGGGCUUCAGCCCCAUCGGUGGGAGAUGUGUAGACAUCAAUGAAUGCUUGAACCAAACCAUGUGCGGUCGUGGUCGGUGUGUCAACACAGAGGGCUCCUAUACAUGCAACUGUUUCCAAGGCUUCAUGCUCUCAUCAAACAAUUUCUGCCAAGAUGUGGACGAAUGCAUGCUUCCGGGGAUCUGUCUCCAUGGCCGCUGCGUCAAUCUGGACGGCACCCACAAGUGCACCUGUAACCUUGGUUACCAAGUCUCCUCAGACAGCAAGUCGUGUGAAGACGUCAACGAGUGUGCGAGUGGUACAGCGUGCCCAGUGGGGAUUUGUAUCAACACAGCAGGUUCCUACAGUUGCCAGAACUGCAGGCCUGGGUUUGGACCAUCCACUAAUGGGCUGAGAUGUGAAGACAUUGAUGAAUGUGCACAGGGAGGUUUUUGCUUUGGAGGGGUGUGUGCCAACACAGAGGGAUCCUUCACUUGCACUCAUUGCAAAGCUGGCUAUAGAGUGUCUGAGGACAGGCAGAGGUGUGAAGAUAUUGAUGAGUGCCAGUACCUGUCUACCUGUUCCAAUGGGAUCUGUCUAAACUCAGAAGGGUCUUAUACAUGCGAGAACUGCCCUGCAGGGUAUCAAGUGUCUUUUGAUGGGGAACUCUGUCAAGAUAUCGAUGAGUGUGCAAUGGCAACUACCUGUCCCCAGGGAAAAUGUACAAACACGGAGGGUUCGUUCACGUGUGUCACCUGUCAACCUGGUUUCACAGUUUCUGACGAUGGACAAAAAUAUGACGAUAUCGACGAGUGCCAGGCUGCAGGUGUUUGCCUCACAGGUGUUUGUGUUAAUACAGAGGGCACUUUCUCCUGCAUGUCCUGCGAUCCGGGCUUCAGCGUAGCGCCCAACGGCCUCUCUUGCGAAGAUGUGAAUGAAUGUGAGGAUGCAAGCCUAUGUCUGGGAGGCCAGUGCACCAACACCAUCGGCUCCUAUAGCUGCUUGUGCCCAUCUGGACUGGAGUUGGGAGAUGAGACGUCUUGCAGAGACAUCAAUGAGUGUUUAACCAUAGCGGGAAUUUGUGGAGAAGGAAACUGUUUGAAUACGGAGGGUUCCUACAGAUGUAUGUGUCCUGAUGGAUUUACCACCACAGAUGAACGUCCUGGCUGCCAGGAUGUUGAUGAGUGCAGCAGAGACGAUGUGUGCAUUCGAGGAGCGUGUCUGAACACUGAUGGUUCUUUCUUAUGCUUGUGUGAAGUCGGCUUCAAGUACAACACUGAUGCAGCUGACUGUGAAGACCAGGAUGAGUGUAAAGAGUUUGGGAGCUUGGUGUGCGGUACCUGGAGCUGCAAGAACACCAUUGGCUCCUAUAAGUGCAGUGCCAGCUUCAUGCCGUGCCAGCCUGACAUGCUUAGCGGAGACUGUGAUAUCGAUGAAUGCAACAAUGAGACUAUCUGUGGGAGCCACGGCUUCUGUGAGAACACAGACGGUUCCUUCCGAUGCCAUUGUGACCAGGGCUACACCAACCCACCUGAAGAUAUUACCAGAUGUGUUGACCUGAACGAGUGUGAGAUGAGCUCGGCGCUGUGCGGAGAGGCCCUGUGUGAGAACUUUGACGGAAGCUUCCUGUGCAUCUGCCCCAACGACAAUGAGGAAUUUGAUCCUGAAACCAACCAGUGCCGCUCCAUGGCUGAUCCUGACACUAAGCCGGUGUCUACAUCCACUCACAUAACUGAGGAGAGGAAAGAUUGCUAUUAUAACCUAAAUGAUGCCAACUUCUGCAACAACGUCUUGUCUCGUAACACCACCAAGCAGGAAUGCUGCUGCACAGCCGGCGGCGGCUGGGGGAACAACUGUGAGAUGCACCCCUGUCCUUCUGUAGGAAGAGAUGAUUACAAUCAGUUGUGUCCCCAUGGCAACGGAUUAUUAACUUUACCUGGGUCUUCUUUACUUGGUCAUGAAGAAGACCUGCGCUACAAAGAUGCAAAUGAAUGUGAAAUGUUUGGAAGCGAGAUAUGCAAGAACGGGCAAUGUUCCAAUUUCUUUUCUGGGUAUACCUGCUACUGUCAGUCUGGAUAUUUCUAUGACAAAAUCAGGCUUGAGUGUGUGGAUUAUGAUGAGUGUGGAUUUGGAAACCCUUGUGAAAACGGAGCAUGUGUGAAUACAGCAGGAUCGUUCAACUGUUUCUGUAGUCCUCCACUAGUCCUGGACAGCACACAGCGCCGCUGCGUCAGUCCCAACACAACAGAAGACAUCAUAGUUUCACAUCAGGACGUGCACGUAGAUAUUUGCUGGCGCCGACUCGAGGGGGACAACAUGUGUGCAGAACCGAUUCAGGAGCGCAGAUCGACAUUCACUGAAUGCUGCUGCUUGUACGGCCUCGCCUGGAGUGGCCACUGUGCACUCUGCCCCACAAAAUACUCUGUUGAUUAUGCUUCCAUGUGCAACCUGCCUUGGACAGAAGGCGCAGACAGCCUUCGAGAGCGGAUAGGAUACGAGUAUGGAGUUGAAGAGCCAGAGAUUCCCCCAUACUGGGAUAACUAUGGCGGUGGCAUUCCUGAAAGUGUUCCCAUAUUUACUGACGGCGACUACAACAACCCGCAACCACCUUUUCGUGUCCCAGUCUUACGUCCAGAGCGGCGCUACGACAGCUUUGAGGGUCUCCGAGCGGAAGAGUGUGGAAUUCUGAACGGAUGUGAAAACGGACGCUGCGUUCGUGUUCGAGAGGGCUACACCUGCGACUGCUUCGAUGGUUACGAACUUAACCUGGAUAAGAUGGCCUGCAUAGACAUAAACGAAUGUGAGGACAUCAGUGACAAGGUCCCCUUGUGUCAGAACGGCCAGUGCAUCAACAUGGAAGGGUCCUACAAGUGCAUCUGCCUGCCCGGCUUCGUAGCUUCCGCCAAGCCACACAAAUGCAUCUCAGCAAUCCCAGAGUCCACACUCAGGGGGGCAGGAAACUGAAAGAGAAACAAACUUUCCUGCUUCUUAAAACCAUCAUCACCAGAGAGCCCAGCACUAAACCUCCAACAGUAACACUGUUCGUCCAAGCUUUUCUCCCCACAUGUUGCUGACUCACACAAACGUACACAAGCUUUCUCUAAUCCCUUCCCCUAUUACACAUUCAAGAGGACCAAGAACUGGGAUUUAUAGUUGCCUUAAAGGGAUUGUUUUUGAGACUGAUUCUUUCAUAUAUUCAGUGACCCAGGCAUAUUGAUUUGCUCAUAUAAUUUCCACUGUGUUUUUUCUGUCAAUUCACUUUUUUCGAAGUUUGUUAUUUAUUUCAUUGACAUGACGGGCCUCUGAAAGUUUAGAAAGCAUCCAGUUUCAGAGGUUAGACUUGAUUCCUCUCAUUUCUCACAGAGACUCUGUGAAGAGAUAAAUAAUGUAUUUUUUGAAGAGAAGGAAUUUCUGAAGAAAUCUGCCAUAUAUCGUCUUAUAUCUAUCUGGGUCAACAAACAGAAUUUUUCCCACUGCUGCCUUUCUUCUUCAGGAUUUCUAAACUGAGCACCCAAACUUUCACGUUAAAAACUCUAGCACCACACAAGCUUUGACAGACUGUACAUGUGUAUGAGGUUCUGUGAGAUGUUCAGAAAAUGGUGCUCCGACUGUUUAGGGCCAUUUUCAAAAAAAAGAAAAGUAAUACUAACCCCCAUUUCUUUCUUUUAUAAUAGUAUUGCUCUUUUUCACACUUUUAUUUAAAAAAAAUAAAAGAAAAACAAGCCUUGUUUGCAUUUUCUGCAAGAAAUUCUGAAAUAACAAAGAGGAAUUGAUUUUAUUUGCCAUUGAAUUUGUUGACCAUUAUCACAGAGAAAAAGGAAAAAAUUCUUCAGACCAUGCCCAAGAGUCCUCCAAACGUAUUGCAUAAAAAGAAUGCAUUUGUAUUUUAUUCUGCAAACUUUAUUUUUGAAAUAAUUUAUAAAGUAAAAAUACCCUCUCAAAAUAGGAUGAAAACAAUUAAAAACUGUUACAAAAAUACCAGUGCCACACUUAGUGGUAACUCUUGUAUUUUCUUAAAAUAUUAACAGUUUUACCAUUUGUACUCUAAAAACUUGCUAAGAGUGUUUAGAAACUUUUGUUUUGAACAAUGACUUUCAGUCAGAUAAAGUCUUUGUUACACCAUGCUUGAAAAAAAAAUUGGUGUAAAUUAUGUCAUUUUGCAUGUGAGAUUUUCCCAAAUCAACACAAAAAUAGUUCACCUGACAAAAACAAUCAUCAACCUCUUUUCAUUUCUAUUUAGUGAAAUUUCUGAGUAGACAGCCGACGAUUGGUGAAUCUAGGUUGGGUCUGGAUCCAGACAUUCAGAAGUGAGUAGUUUUAGGUAUAAUCAUCAUGGUUCUCCUGUCAAGCUGCACUCCAUUGAACACAAAAUUUUCCCUGAACAAAUUUUAUGUUCCUUAUCUGUCAUUGAGAAGUGUGCACUCUCUUAACAUAUUCUCUUAAUGCUAUCUAGCAAAAUCAAUACCAUAUUUGACAUUGCACAUCAAAUGAAAGUAAAAAAAGCCACCAUUUCUAGCUUUUGUAGAUUUAUAUCUGUUUGUAAAAAUGUCUUUAAAGCAUUUCUUUUUCUGUAUGAGAAGAGUGACACUGUACCAUAGGAACUCUGUGUAUACCCUGCCCUGUGGAGCAGACUAUGAGUUAUAUAAAUAUAUAUAUUUUUUGCAAGUGGCACCACUGUUAAGAAAUAACAAUUUUGUAAUGCAAGCACCUGCUUAUGUCAAUCACAACAUUGCAGUAUUUUUCAUAACAGUAAACAUGAUUUAUCCCCUUUUCUUUUGAAUGACUGUGUUAUUUAUGGUUCAACAUCAUCAGACAUAAAUAGCUUGUCUGUAAUCAUUAGCAGGUAUUCUCUGUCGCACAUUUAGACCUGAUAACAUCUGGACAUGAUGAUUAAAGCUAAUAAUUUAUGCCACCGGCCAUCUUUCUAGAUUUUUAAUCUGCAGUUUUAUAUGAAGCCAACUGUUCUUUGCUCUGUUGUUCAAAUAUUUGCCUGAUUUGGACUGGAGACUAUAAAUGCGGGUAACGCUGAGCUAUUUAAAGUCUUUCAAACAAUAUUAACUACAGACAGAUUAAAUGUUGUAAAGCUGUGGUCAGUAUCUUGACUGUUAAUUUUGUUUACCUCCUGACUGUAAUCUGUAUCAGUCAUCAAAAUAAAUAACAAAAAACGAA